GGCACUACGACGCCGGGUUGCCAUCCUCUUUAUAUGGCCGGCAGGAGGCAAUCAUCGGCUACUCAUCAGGAAGGGGAUCGAUCGAUCGCCCUCGUCCCCAUCCACUGCCCGAGCCUUUGCGUGCCCGCGCCCACCUCGCCAUUGACUUACUUGAGCAGCGCGCGCGCAUGCCCACCAGGAGCUGCUAGAUCGCUCCGCUCCGUUCCCACUACUCGGCUCUCUUGGCUCCUGCAGCUGCGGCGGCGGAGCCGGGAACGAUGAGCAAGAAGAAGGCGGAGGGCAGCAAGCUGGGGCGGUGGCUGGGCGCGCCGGUGCGGGCGCUGUCGCGGGCGUGCGACUCGUACGCGCGGAGGAUGUCGGCGUGCGCGGGGCGGAUGCCCACGCACGCCGCCGCCUACGGCGGGCGUGGCGGGUUUGCGCCGGGGAGCAUGCAGGCCGCGACGUUCAGCUCGCGCUCGCGCCGCGCCGGGGCCGGCGGCGAGGAGGACGUCAACGAGCUCGUCCGCGCCAUGUCCCAGCGCCAGGCGUCCGGCCGCGGCGCCGGCGAGGGCGUGGCGGCCAGCGUGCCGGUCCGGAGCCGCAGCGUGGCGGUCGGGCGGAUCGACGAGGACGCGCCGUGCGAGUUCGGCUCCGACGACGCCGUGCGCGUCGGCGGGCCCCCGGUGCGAAGGGCCCGCAGCGUCGCCGUGGGCAGCGCCGGCCUCGCCGCGCGCGCCGGCGGGUACGGCUCCGCUAAGAAGCAGCUAGGAGUGGGCGGCGUCGUGCGCGGCUGAUAAUCCGUCCGCCGGCGCACGCGGUCGGCGGCGCCAGUAACAUCCUACGCGUGCCUUGCUAGCUUGACGUGCUCAGCCCGUCGCAAUCCUGAGUUAGUUCAGCGUCUCAGUUUGUUUGUUUGUUUGUUUCCUGCGUGAUGUGUGUUAGCGUGUGCGUUUUUAGGGGAUCAGGGUUUGUCACGACCUGCCGGUGGCGGCCAUGGCCAUGUGAGCCAGGGACGCCACCAAUACAUGCGUGCGAAAGAUUGAAGCGUGUGUCCAAGCAACAAGAGGGUCUGGUGUACAUACAAUAUACAACGAAUACGCACCGCUACUAGCCACGUUCUUGAUUCGCCCGUCUCGUCGUCGUCACCGCAGCCGGUGGCCUGCAUCCCCACCGCAGCCCGAGCCGGUGGAGUCCAUCCAAUUCCAAGCCGGCCAUUCGACCGCCAUUGUUUUACCUUAAGCUUUGACCUUGAGCAUGUGCUAACGGCAUCUACGCGAUAGCUAACUCGUCCGUCGUCCUCGCUCGUCAGCGUGCAUGUGUGUCCGCUGAAAAAAGAGCAUUCCCGAUGAUUGUUGAUCGUAUCUGUCUUUGUCCGUGAGUGUUAUCUCUCGUUCUAGUGCUGCGUCAGUGCCCCCAAGUGUUCGGAUACGGUGUACUGGUAACUUGCUUGUGGGCU